CUUCUCUUUCUCUCACUCACCCACACUCAUGCAGCCUCUGCCAGGUUCCAGACUGCUGUGGCUGUGCUACCUGUAGAAUACACUCUCACACGGACACGCUGGCUGAACCAUGGCUUGGGUGCGCAUUGUUCUGCUGACCCUGCUGCCCACCAUCCUUAUCCUAACUGUGCUGUCUGGGGUAGAAAGUGCAGCAGUGAAGGAUGGAAAAGACAAUGAACCUAAGGGACCCUCUAAGCGGGUUUUCGUGCCAGCAUCAGACGCCUCCAACUUUUUCAAGAGACGUGGCCGCAGAUCCCCCAAAACAUACGCUGAGUAUUUUGCUGAGCAGAAAGUGCAGUUGGCAGCUUCGGAGCGCAGGAGGGAGUACUAUGAGGAACAGAGCAGCGAGUAUGAGAACCAUGUGGAGGAAGCACGAGACGAGCAGUAUGAGAGGAACCGGGAAAAGAUGGAUCAGUGGAGGCAGUAUAACUACGACGGGCAAUACCCACGAUACCCUCACCACCGCCCCUACUACUGAGCACGCUCAUACAGCCCCACAGCACCACACCUGCCUUAACACGAGCAUCACUCUGAAAUGUAGCAACAUUUUCAUUGGAUCAGAUGCCUUUUUUCCCUAAAACUUAUUUCAUUUGCAGUUAUAUACACUUUGCAAGUGCAUUAAUGUCACAAAGCGUUGAACUCAUUUAUUCUGCUUAUAUUCUCUUUAAAAAGAUGUACUCUGAAUUUUAUUGUCUGGUUACUUGCUACAUUAAUCUGUAAACUUUAUUCUUAUAUAUUCCAGUUUUGCCUUAAAUAUUAUAAGUUCUAGGUGGUGGGUGAUUCAAGUGUUAAUAUAUACCAUUACUGAUAGUGUUUUAAAAACAACAGGCAUUCAAACUGUUAUUGCAACCCAUUUAAAAAUAACGUAAUUAAUCUUAGAACUUCAAAAAUGCUAUAAUUUGUAUUUGUAAUUGCCCUACCAUUUUCUCCACCACCUGCCAGAUAUCUGCUGUGCUAUUUACUUGGGUUAAAGCAGAAAAAUGCUGUAAUUUGAUGCUGGAAAUGAAUAAAUAAUAAAAAAAAA